AUGCAUCUUGUCGCCUUUUUUCAGGCGAAAUUGGAACGGGUAUUAGGUUGCACAGCUGUUUCACGGUCGUCAGUAUCGGUGGACGACAACAAAGGCAUUGUAGCCUAUCCGGCUGGGGCUACCGUCAUUCUUUAUAAUCCAAGAAAUAACGGCCAAGCCCAUUUAAUUGGUACAACGAAAAACAGUAUAACAUGCUUAUCAUUCUCUUUCUGCGGAAGAUACAUCGCUACCGGAGAGACUGGACAUGAGCCUCGAUUACGAGUUUGGGAGCUUUAUGACGUGAAAGGACAGUUCGCUUUCACCCAGAUUCGUUUCACUCCUAACGGGCACUUAGUGUCAGUAGGAAAUCAGCAUGAUCGGUCGAUCGUAGUUUGGGAUUGGCAGGCACAACAAAAAAUUGCUGAAAAUCGUCUAACUUCGAAAGUUAAUUCAAUUGACAUUACAGAACAAGGCGGGUGUGUAACGGUAGGAAUCAGGCACGUUAAAUUUUGGUAUGUUGCAAGGAAACCAGAGAGUACGAAGAGUGUACCUUUACAGGGUCGUUCAGCAAUUUUGGCCGAUCAGCGAAACAAUACCUUUUUAGAUGUUUGUUGCGCUCCUGGUAAUCGAACAUUUUCAGUCACAGAAACUAGCCUUUUGAUUGAAUUUCAUGAUAAAAAGCUAGUGAGUACCUAUGACCUGCACAGUGAAGUUCCACGUUCGAUAGUCCUUGGAACUGGUGAAUUGUUUAUUGGAUUCAACAAUGGUUUUAUAAGAUGUUUGGAUAUCACGACAAUGAAACAUAAAUUUACAUUCUGUAAACCACACUAUUUGUCAUGCGAUGUUGCGGAAGGUGUAAAACAGGAUGCACUGUUGCCUGAUUCACAUCCUACAGGGUGUAGAUACCCUGAUGUACGAGCACUAACAUAUAAUAGAAAGACUGGAAUGCUUACUGUGGUUUAUAGUGAUCGGUCUAUUUAUACAUGGCAACAAACGAAUCGGAGUAUUCUCAAAAUUUCCUCACAGCUUUUUCAUGUUGGACCAGUGAUUUCACUAGAGGUUUAUCCAUCAAAUUUUGAAUGGUUACCACAUGGUUCUAUCAUAACGGGUGGUGCAGAUCAAACUGUUCGGAUAUGGAAUGUGGAUCAUCUAUCAAGUUCAUUUGAUGAGAAUAAGAGGACUUCGUUGCCAUGUGCAAAUGUUUUCUCGGAGGAUUUGAAAAAAGUUAUUUUUAUGACCAACAGUGAUUCUCAGCUUAACGAAUCACCAGAUGAAGUAUUUGGAGCAUCCAUAUCUGAUACAGGCAGCGGCGUGAAAUCUGUGAAAGUAAGUCCUGAUGGAAAACAUCUGGCUGCAGGCAGUCGAGAUGGAAAUUUGUCUGUUUAUGAUUUAACUAUACCAACUAUGGAAAUGAUUGCAUUUUUCGAAGCACAUGAAAGUGAUAUUAUGUGUAUGGAAUAUUCUGACCCAAAGAGUCGUGAGUUUGUGCUGCAGUUUUUCACCGAAUUUUAUGUAGUUUCUUCUUGUGCUAUUAAAACUUUCGCAUCUGCUUUUGCGACUUUCUAUAAAUUCACUGUUUCAGCUCGUUAUCUGCUAGCUACUGGAAGUCGAGAUCGCAUGGUGCACUUGUUCGAUCCACUUAAUGGCUACCAACCAUUAGCAAGUAUUGAUGAUCAUACAAGUACUAUUAAUUCCAUACUAUUUGUGGAGGAAGCGGGUAGUUUGCAGUUGAUAAGUUCUGCUGCUGAUCGUUCAAUCGUAAUUAGGAAGAUGGUCGAUUCAGAACCAUCUUCGGUAACUUUUUCACGUAUAACCCACAUAAAAUCUCAGUUUGGCUUGAACUAUAUCGUGUUAAGUGCUGGUGGAAUGGUUGCCGCUUGCCAGGAUCGUCAGCUUCGAACAUAUUCGUUUCAAGGAAAGCUUGUGAAACAGAUUAAAGGGGCUGCAAGUGAUGAUGGACAGCUCACCAGAGUACGAUUGGAUCCAUCAGGAAUUUAUGCCGCAACAGUAUGUACAAAUCGAAAUGUUUAUAUCAUUGAUGUAGCCACGGGAGAAUUUGCUGCCGUAUUGACUGGCCAGUCGGAUAACAUCACAGAUGUUGCUUUUUCCGCUGAUUGCAGGCGAUUAUACGUUGUUUCCUACAGCGGUUGCAUUUUCGUAUGGCGGUUGUCCAAUUUUCUUGUCAGCAAAAUGAUGACUGCCGCACGAAAAUCCCAAAUCACCAAGAAUACUAGCACUGCAGGAAUAGAAAAACCUUGUGAACGGUCCGAAACACCUGAUAGUUUGUUGGGGAGUGGCAGUGAUGCAGCUGGUGAUGAACACAUGGAGUAUAUACGAAAUAUGAAGGUGAAAGAUUCAGAAUCUGAAUUUGGUUCUCUGAGCAGCAUCAGAAUUGGCGAUGAAGAUUCGGAUAGUUGUAUGGGGCGGAAGCCAACAACAAUGAUUAUCAAUACUCCAUCAAGUAGUAUGAUUACAGAUGAUGAUUUUGAACUGAAGCGGCUGACAACAGAAGUUGUGCGGCGUAGCACAAGUGGAAUGAUGAAUGAACAAUUUACCAGCUGGGAUAAUGUUUCAGCAGCUAAUGAUUUCUCCGAUGAGGAACAAACACUACUAUCGACAACAACAAGCGCAGACAGAUCUUCAGGGGCGUUGAACUUUGUCCAGCAGCAAUUAGGCGGUAGCGCAACCAUUGGAAGAGAAGGGGAUGCAUGCACUACAAGCAGCAAUACACCUUUAAAUUUGCGGUUAACACAACUACCAGGGACAACUGCCGCACUAGUAUGUCAUAAUGGUGCCGGCAAUGGUACUGAUAUUGUUAAGGAAGAAAAUGCAGAUAGUUAUGGACCAUCAAGCAUUGUAGCGGGAAACAGUGUUUUAACACGAAAAUCACGGAAAAAAUGGGAUGAUAUGGCAAUUAGCCCUAUUGGGGAUACACCAGUCUAUGUCUCAUCAUUGAUAUCAAAUUCAUUCGAUGUGCCAUCCACUGAAACGCACGUCUUUCCGUCAUCCACAGAGCCAUCAUCAUCCAAGGAAAAUGUGCUAGGUGGUUUUAUGACCAUGAAUGGUAAUCAGAUACAGUAUUCACCGCUUUCAUCCGAGCGAAAUGUUAACAAAAAAAUACCGAAUUCCAUAUCAGCAUCAGGGAUUGCUGAGUUGCAGCAGCAAGUUUCUUCUUUUCCAUUCAGUAACGCAAUCCGGAAUGCCAGCGAAUCUUCUGAGCCAUACAAUACACCAGUUUUAGUUUCACCCUCUAUGUCCCCUCAGUCGCCUAGUUCGGCAUUCAGUCGGGCUAGCGUGAAACGUUGUAGUUUAACAAAACGCCUGAAGGGGAUCAGGUGUAGUGAGUCACAGACAGUGUGGACACCGCCUUUAAUCGGUACCAGGAGAUCGGCAAGCAACAUGCAUUACACUACAGUGUCAGGACGAACAAUCCCAGUAACACGACGAAAAGAAGAUUAUGCUUCAUCAGAUCUCCAUUUACGCAGUCGAAGUCAAAGCCCUUCACAACUCGCUCUCAGUGUUCUAGGAAAUGGGAAGCGGCAGCGACAAGAUUCCGAUAUGUCGACAUAUUCAGUUUUAACGAUGGCUUCUACUCGCUUGACACCAUCAUCUUCACGGACGAAUCUUCGAGCUGUCACUCUUAACAAGCAGCAAUCAUCACAGACGUUGAAUCGAUUAGCAGGAUUGCGUGACAGGUUGCGCAAAUCUCAGGAGAAUUUAGCUGGACCUCUAAGCGAUGACGGUUUCGCAGCAGUUCCAAACAUUAUGUCGCGUUCAAAGUCAUUUGGUAAUCUUCGGUUAACAGCCGCUGCACCGUUAAAUGGAAAUCGACCUGGACUUGGUUUACUACUUGGUACCAGUAGUGAUGCUAGUAGAUCAUAUCUAUCACGGUUAAGUGCUGAUAUUACUCCUGUUGGUUUUCUUCUCAUUUUACUGGUUUUUCCCACAGCUUCAGCAAAAUAUUUGCCUCGAACGGAUGUUGAAAUAGCAAAAGAUAAUCUGAUAAAAGAGGGGCAAAUAGAUUCAGUAAUUUUCAGUGGUGCGUCAGGAUUAAACAUCCGAAGUCGUUUGAUUGCUCGAUCAGUAGGUAAUUUAUAUAAUACCCCGGAAAGAAACGAUAUAUUAACUGGCAGCAAUCUUUUGAAUCAAGCAGAAAUACCGUCGGGCACAAAAACUGAACGGAAUUUGGCAAAAACUAUUGAAAAUCUGAAAAAAGCGAGCAACCCAGAUCUUUCGAAGUUUGAAAUUGCUGAAACAAGUGAAGUUUUACUUGAGGCGGAAAAUGAACGGGAGCAUUUGUUUCCGUUAGCUUUUUCAACACGCAAUCAAAAGGGUAAAGGAGCAGUACAGAAAAGAGUUGAAAGAUAUCAACCACGAAAUCGGGUAUCUCGAGAUACGACGAGUGGUGAAAGUGAUAGUAAUAGUUCAGAAAUUAACGGGUCACCACUGCUGCAGGCCGGUGGGACUCUCGGACAACAGUUCGCCCCAAGGCGAUACUUUACAACCAUUAAUGGCACAAGCAGGAGUAUAUCAUGUGUUGAAAGUAUGCCAAGGCAAAGCGUUCUUCAAACGCGCCGUAUUUUCGAACCACAACAACGACACAGUUCUUCAAGUGUCCAACGUCGAGUUCCAAGUUAUUUGGCUCAAAAACUUGCGAGCGGUGACAUAGUGGCACCAGAUGUGGGUAGCGAAGAAUAUCCACAGCAAUCAACAUCAUCGAGUGAAGUAGUAGCUUUCCAGGAUUUUGCUGCUAAAACUCACCAGUCAAAACGUAAGUGA